AUGGGCAAGGGAACGGAUAAGCUUUACAUCACACACUCCGAGUGGGCGUCGGAGGAUGCAUAUUCGGCCAGCGCAGGCGCUGGUGUAGGGAAAGCGAGGCGGGGAGGAGAGCACGCUGGUUUCAGACGCCUCCCAUUCAACUUCUGCUCCCUCUCACUUCAGCCCUUCUCGCAUCCGGUCUGCACACCCUCGGGAACCAUAUUCGACCUAACCAACAUCCUGCCCUGGAUUAAGAAACACGGUACAAACCCCGUGGAUGGGUCGCCGCUGAAGAGUUCCGACCUUAUCAAGCUUAAUAUCGCGAAGAACGAGUCGGGCGAGUAUGUCGAUCCGGUCACGUACAAGGUCUUGACGGACAACACGCACAUCGUCGCUUUGCGCAAUACGGGCAAUGUUUUUGCAUGGGAUACUGUCGAGCGGUUGAAUAUCAAGGGAAAGUUGUGGCGCGAUCUUGUUACGGAUGAGGAGUUCAGUCGCAAAGAUAUAAUCACGCUACAAGACCCGCAGAAUAUCGAGUCGAGGAAUCUGAGUUCGUUCAAUUAUUUGAAGGAGGGAGAGAGCGCGUUGACUGAUGAACAAAUACGGGAACGAGAGGAUCCGUCCAAUAAUGUCAAUGUCAAUGCGCUGGGCAACGCGGCAAAGAUCCUGAAGGCGAAGGAAGCCGUGGCGAAGGCCCGUGCUGAGAGGGCUCAGCGCGCCGAGUCGGCUGCCGGCUUGAAAGGAUUGACAAAGCCGGGGUUCGGUACGAGUGCCGCAGCUGCGUCGCAAAAGACCGUUUCACACCAGGCUGGGAAACCUAUUCCGUAUAACGCGGCGAGGCAUACUACUGGUCUGGCCGCUGCGUCGUUUACAAGCACUGGUAUGACACCGCAUACUUCUGCGGAGCUUGCACUUCUUUCAGAUGAAGAGUAUAUGUUGAAGCGAGGGCGAGUGAAGCAAAAGGGUUAUGCUCGAAUCUCGACUACGCUAGGCGACGUGAAUCUGGAGCUGCACACUGAGUAUGCGCCUAAAGCGGUGUGGAAUUUCAUCAAACUGGCCAAGAAAGGCUACUACAAAGAUGUCACUUUCCACCGCAAUAUCAAGGGAUUCAUGAUCCAGGGUGGUGACCCUACAGGUACUGGGCGCGGAGGCGAGAGUAUCUGGGGCAAAUACUUCAACGAUGAGUUCGAAGGACCCUUAAAACACGACUCUCGAGGAACCCUAAGUAUGGCCAACAAAGGCAAAAACACCAACAGCAGUCAAUUCUUCAUCGCGUACCGCGCGCUGCCUCAUCUGAACAACAAACAUACGAUUUUCGGUCACGUAAUAGAUGACCCAACGCCCUCAUCGCCAACCUUGAACAGCAUGGAAAUGCACCCAGUGAAUGCUACAACCAACCGACCUACUCCUGAUAUCCGCAUCAAAGACGUAACAAUCUUUGUGGAUCCAUUCGAGGAGUUUUUGAAACAGAAGCAGGCAGACGAGGCGAAAGGUACGACCUCGACAGAUGACACCAAGACAUCUCAGGAGAUAGACGAUGAUCGCGUAACCUGGACUGGGAAACGAGUCCGAGGACCUGGUGCGACAGAAGCGGGCGAGAGCUCGGCUGGGGGAGUAGGGAAGUACCUCAAGGCCGCACUAGCGAACCAGGCAAAUCAGGAGGAAGACGAGAUUGUUGAGUUUGUGGAUGAGGAGCCGGAGCCUGAACCUGCACGAAAGAAAUUCAAGGGUGGCGGUGGCUUUGGUGAUUUUAGUUCCUGGGAUUGA